AUGCGGCGCGGGGAUCCACUGCCGGAAGAUCCAACCCCAGCCAUGUGGCAGCGCAUGGCGCAGCUGGUGGCUGGCACGACGGCCACUGGUACCCUCGCAUACUUUGUAUUUCUCGCGGACUUUGGCGAGGCGGAGCACUGCUUUAGUCCGGUAUGCACGAUCGCAGCGACCUCGGCCGAUGCAGCAAGUGCGCGCGCCUGGCGCUGUCGUGCCGACUCGGCCGAAGUGUUUGUUCAGCUUGCCACAGCGGACAACAACGAUCCCCGCUCACUCGUCGGCACAUGGAGCUCUGGCUCCGGCGCUGUGCUGACUGGGCAGGGUCCGAAUGGAGUACGUGAGCAGCCGCUGACGCAGACUUCGUUCUAUAACCCCAUGAAGCUCGAAUCGGUGGAAUUUAUGAGAAACUGGACGACGUUCGUGGAAACGGAUCCGGUAUUCUUUCCCGGCGUGAAAUCUGUGUAUGGGCUGCAGAUGUACAAGAGCAAUGGUAUCCCCGUGCCCAAAAUGUACCUCCAGUUCCGCCCCCCCCAGAUGAUGCCGACGCAGGCGAUCUUCAAGCAGGUGAUCGGCGCACCCGACGCGUAA